AUGGCAACACAAAAUGAGAAUUUGCAUGUCUCUGACAACACCACACAGCAGGUAAUUCUACACCAUGAAGAGCGUCCAGAAUGCUCCAAUGUUAUGAAUACCACACAGGAACCGUUGAUUGAACAAGAUGAGUUUCAGCAUGGCAUAGUCGGAGUGGUAGUUGAUGAUGAGACAAAUGAGCUCUUGAAUCUCUAUGAGGCUUAUGUAAAGGAGAAAGAGGCCGAAACAGAACCUACAGUUGUACAAGGAGGGACCACCUUUGGAAGUACUGAACAUUCAACACCUGAUUCUGAACGAGUUCCACAUAAUGAAGAUGAGGAGCGUAAUGUCUUUAAAUCUGAGCACCAGGGGAGAAGAAUAUCAUGUGAUACAGUUUAUUCAUGUGAAGUAUGCAGUGAGACAUUCAACUCCUACAAUACACUGGAAUGCCAUAUAAAAUCAACAUUGCAACGACAUUUGUCGAUACAUAGUGGAAAGAAGUCAUAUAGUUGUAAUGUAUGUAGUAAAUGUUUUAAACAAAAAUUAACAUUGCAUCGGCAUAUGUUGAUACAUACUGGUGAGAAGCCAUAUAGUUGUGAUGUCUGUAAUAAAUGUUUUAAACAAAAAUUUACUUUGCAACGUCAUUUGUUGAUACAUACUGGUGAGAAGCCAUAUAGUUGUGAUAGGAAAUCAACAUUGCAAAUGCAUUUGUUGAUACAUACUGGUGAUAAACCAUUUAGUUGUAAUGUAUGUAGUAAAUGUUUUAACCAAAAAUCAACAUUGCAACGGCAUAUGUUGAUACAUACUGGUGAUAAGCCAUAUAGUUGUGAUGUAUGUAAUAAAUGUUUCAAGCGGAAAUCAACAUUGCAAAAGCAUUUGUUGAUACAUAGUGGAGAGAAACCAUUUAGUUGUAAUGUAUGUAGUAAAUGUUUUAACCAAAAACCAACAUUGCAACGGCAUAUGUUGAUACAUACUGGUGAGAAGCCAUAUAGUUGUGAUGUAUGUAAUAAAUGUUUUAAUAGGAAAUCAACAUUGCAAGAGCAUUUGUUGAUACAUACUGAUGUGAAGCCAUAUAGUUGUGAUGUAUGUAGUAAAUGUUUUAGGGAAACAUCAACAUUGCAACAGCAUUUGUUGAUAUAUACUGGUGAGAAGUCAUAUAUUUGUGAUGUAUGUAAUAAAUGUUUUAAUAGAAAAUCAAUAUUGCAAAAGCAUUUGUUGACACAUACUGGUGAUAAGCCAUAUAGUUGUGAUGUAUGUAGUAAAUAUUUUAACAGAAAAUCAACAUUGCAACGGCAUUUGAUUAUACAUACUGGUGAUAAGCCAUUUAGUUGUGAUGUAUGUAGUAAAUGUUUUAACAGAAAAUCAAUAUUGCAACAGCAUAUGUUGAUACAUACUAGUGAUAAGCCAUAUAGUUGUGAUGUAUGUAGUAAAUAUUUUAACAGAAAAUCAACACUGCAACGGCAUGUGAUUAUACAUACUGGUGAUAAGCCAUUUAGUUGUGAUAUAUGUAGUAAAUGUUUUAACAGAAAAUCAAUAUUGCAACGGCAUAUGUUGAUACAUACUAGUGAUAAGCCAUAG